CCCAUUAGGGACUAUCAAAAGGGGAUGAAGGGAAUAACAAAGACCGGAAAUAAGUUCUCGAUACUCGAAUUAGUCACGGGAAAAACCGUAAAAGGGUUCAUUUAUUUUAUAGUUACGUACAAUCAGUCAAGCAAAAGAGUACAAAAUCAAAUGUUGGGUUCGAAAUAUGUUAGGUGUCAAAAAAACUCAAAACAAAAAAUAAAAAAUAAAAAAUUCCAAAUUAUUUAAUUGAAUCUACGGUCAAAGUAGUAGUCAUACACAAACACACACGCGCACACUCACUUUCUCUCUCCUCCGCCGUCAGCGCCACCUGACGCCGCCAUCUCCGACGCCGCUAUCGCACUCUACGUCGUUGCGACGCCGCCAUUUUCGACCACAUCAUCGACUGACACAGGCGACGACACUGCUGGAUUCUCUCUCCUCCAGUUGCAUCCUCUGAGUUUGCAUGUCGUAAAUUCGCCAUUUUCUGUUUGUGAGGAAUCUCAAGAAAGUGCUCAGGUUGUGUAGUUUGGGGGAUCACCAAGUACACAUCUUGAGCACUGUUGCUACUAUUGUGUCUCAUGAUGCCUAAGGUUUUAAACAUCUCAGAUACAGAAAGUUUAUCUGAUGGGGAGGAUGAAAACCAAAGCAUACGUGACAUAGAUGGAUUGGGAUUUGAAAUGACAUCGGAGGUUGCAGAGCCAAGGCAUCUUGGGGAAAAUGUUGCCAGCUCAUCGGGAACUAAUUUGAGAUCUUCUUUCAUUGGCAUGGGAUUUACUCCUUCUCUAAUAGAUAAAGUGAUUAAAGAAAAAGGGGAGGAAGAUGCUGGCUUGUUGUUGGAUACUCUCUUUGCAUAUUCAGCUGAUCAAAAGUCAAAUUCUGAAUCAUCAGAUUCGUUGGGUCCAUUGGUUGAUGAACGUAGUUACAACAGAAGCCCACCUGUGCCUGAUGCUCAGAAUCAUGUAGAGAAGACUCUGCAAGGAACAAAGUCUAUGUCAUCAUCAGAGUCAUUGGAUAGCUUGUUUGAUGAUGAUAAAGAUGUAGAAGCCAUCACAUCUGCAGAAUUUCAUCCAAAGCAGGAGCCUGAUGCAGUUGAGGAUCUUGAUGGUGACAAGAGGGCAUCAUUAUUAAUGAUGAAUUUUCCUAUUGCUGAUGUUGACUUUGCAAUCAGUAAACUUGGUAAGAGUGCUCCAAUCAAUGAGCUAGUGGACUUCAUCAUUGCAGCUCAGAUUGCUGAGAGUGAAAACGGUAACAGCCUGCCAAAUGGUGAUCAUGUGGACAGUAAUGAGAAUUGCAGUACGGAUGCUUUAUUUGGAACCAUGGACAAGACUCUACAGCUGCUUCAAAUGGGAUUCAACGAGCAAGAAGUUUCACUGGCUAUUGAAAAGCUGGGUUCGGAAGUGCCAGUCAUAGAGCUUGCCAACUGCAUAUGUGCUAGCCAAAUGGGUGAAUCUUAUCGUCUGAGUACUAAGAAUGCUUCGGUGCCUUCAAAGAUGAAGAGUUCAUCUCAUGAUGGUUCUUGGUAUCGUAUCAAGGGAAUGCAUGGGCAUAGUGGUGGUGAUAUAUUUGCUAUUAAAUCUGAAAAUUUUGAUGAAGACUUUUUUUCUCAAAGGAGCAGCAUGGGCUUAGGGAAUAUGUACGAAGGUAUAAAGCCAAAGGAAGAAUAUUUUGAUGAGCCGAGUUCUUCUAUCAGGGAUUUUGAUUUAGCUGAUAUAAAGGGUAAAAGGCCAAAAGAAGAAUAUGAAGAUUUGAGUACUCGUUCUUGCUAUUCUCGGAAAAAAUCAAAAACUCUUACGAUUGGCAACAAUCCAUCCCCGCACGGUAAGACCUUAGGUGACAAUUCUGGAAUACCCAAGCUAUCAAGGCCGUCUGGAAGAGGUAUUGAUAAAGUGCUUCAUGGACCUCCUUAUUUCUUAUACGGAAAUUUUGUGAAUAUAUCUGCCGAUGAGUGGCAAAAAGUAUCUCAAUAUUUGUAUGCACUCCAACCGGAACAUGUUAAUACUCAACAUUUUUCCGCCUUAAGCAGAAUGGAAGGAUACAUACAUAAUCUUCCUACUGAAGAUCGGUUCCAUGUUGAUCCAAAGUCGCCAAUGUCAAUUGAAGAAGCGAUACCACACGCGAAGAAGUGGUGGCCGUCAUGGGAUACAAGGAAGCAAUUAAGCUGUAUAAAUUCUGAUAAUGUGGGAUCAACUCAAAUUUGUAGUAGCUUGGGAAAGAUGUUAGUCAGCUCUCGAGGUGUACUUUCAAGUGAACGUCAAACAAAAGUAGUCUAUUAUUGUCGUACAAUGAAUCUUGUUUGGGCUGGCCCACAAAAGCUUGCCCCCAUGGAACCAGAACAUUUAGAACGCAUUCUAGGAUAUCCGAUUUACCAUACAAAAAAUCCUGACUUGAAUUUGGUGGAGAGGCUUGAAUCCUUGAAGCUUUGCUUUCAAACUGAUACAUUAGGAUAUUAUCUCUCUGUUUUGAAGCCCCUAUUCCCUGGUGGGAUAACUCUGUUGUCUCUUUAUAGUGGGAUUGGCGGAGCAGAAGUGGCACUGAUUCGGCUUGGAAUUUUUUUGAAAGCUGUUGUUUCAGUGGAGUCCUCUGAAACCAAACGUAAGAUUUUGAGAAGAUGGUGGCAGAAUACUGAUCAAGCUGGGGAGUUGGUACAGAUUGAAGGUAUUCAGAAGCUGACAAUUAAUAAACUGGAGUUCCUCAUGAAAAAGUUUGGUGGUUUCGACCUUGUUGUUUGCCAAAACCCAUGUACAUCUUCAGAAAAAGGCUCUAAGAUAGUUCCUGGAAAUGGUGAAGAUGUAGGGUUGGACUUCACAUUGUAUUAUGAAUUUGUUCGUGUCCUGCAACGGGUAAGAAGUAUGAUGGGAAGGACAUGACAAGCAAUAAAGUCGCUAUUCUGCGAGAGUUUAGUGUAGCAGACUGGAAUGGCGCUGCAUAGAUAACCCAUUUUUCAGAGCUUGAGAAUGUAAUAAGCUGUCAUAAAUCAUAAUGUAACUCAGACUCUCAGUUACAUUUACUGAGUGGUGAACAAAUCAAAUGAACAUCAAAUGCUUAUAAGGAGCUGCUCUUCAAUGUUAAUCAAAGAAGCAUGCUCCCCAGUUUGCUAACUAGUAAUUUUUUAAGUACUGCUCGAUUAGCUGAUAAAUCAUGUAUUACUAUUCAGAUCUCAUAUAAUUAUUGUUAUUUCUAAUCUAAUGAUAUCCAUCUUA